UUUCAUGCAACCCGUACGACUUACGCAGGAUCAAUGGACACGAUGGUGCCGCCAUUGCCCUUGACGAACUCGUUGUUGAUGAAGAGUCCGGUGGGCAGCUUGUAUUUCUGGCCGUUGGGCGCAGUGAGGUCGACAGCGAGGUCAGCCAUGAUGGAGUCUGAGGGCAGGGCCAGCUGGGGGCUAGAGGAUGACGAAAAUGAAGAGGAGAAUGAAGAGGGAAAUGCAGACGAAAAUGAAGAGUGCGAGGAGGAGAGGGAGUGCAGCGAAGAUAAACAGCAGGAGCGAAAAGCUGCGCCGGUCGUGGCUGCCUUCCCCGCCCCAGCAAGCAGCGGCUGCACGCAGCGACGUAGAGUACCCCGCACGGCGAGCAUCGCUGCGUGCUGUUCUUUUUCCUGCACUUCUUAUCUCUUCUUGUUCUCGCCCACUACUCCUCCCGAUACAGCUGGGUGAUGGUAAUGGCAAUGGCAUGCCAUUGGAGCUGCACGCCGCGAUUAGUCGCGAUAACCCGCCGUUUUCUCGUGCGAGCGCCCCGAUUGGGAAUCUCGUGCCGACAUCAAGGGAAUUCUCGCAUCUAGGCGCGUCACUAGCCCGCUUCCAGAAAAAGCAGUUAAAUCGGCCAGAGGAUGCCGUGUUGGUCCUAGUUACACCUGGUGCUGGAUAUCGACAUUGAGAUAUCAAUCUCCAGAUUCUCUACGCGGACAAUGUUAUAAAUAAUAUGCGCAGCUGACAUUUCGCGCUACAGCCGGCGUGUGCUUAAGGCCUAGUGCUUAUGGGACCGACCGUUUGGGUCUCCCCAGACCUGGCACUUUUCCUUAUCCUUAGUCUCCUCAUCCUUGGUCACCCCUUCUUUUUGUCCCUGAAGGCUGAGAGACAUAUUUAAUUCCUACUUGUAAAUUUUUUGUUGGACUCAGU